GCUGAUGGGGCCAUUGGCUUCACUGCAAAUAAGGUGAGGUUGGGUAGUAGUACGCAGGCUGUCAGUACUCUGUUCAUAUAGAGCACAAGAUAUUAUUGACUAGUGGCUCGCUGGCCAUUUAGGACUGGGGGUGAAAAGUUUCUUCCUCCUCAUGUUAUUCCUGAUGACUGACCUUACCUCUCUUUCCUCUCUGUCUCCAGGUGGAGAAUGCCAGCCCCAACACUGCUGUUUACGCCAACGUUACCGAGCUGAAGAACACCCCACAAUCCCCUCUGGUAGUAGCUCUGAGUCCUGACUUGCCCCUUAGCCAGGAGGGAUGGCAGGUGCACACUGACAAGGACAGCGGGAAAGAGUUCUAUUACCACCCGGCCACGGGCCAAACCACUUGGACCGACCCCCGCAGCCCCCUCCCCUCCACGGACAUGGAGCUACCCAAGGAGGCACUGGCUGUCCCGGCCCUUUCCCCGGCCCCGGCCCUCUCACCAGCCUCAUCCAAGGGUUCCAACUGGGAACAGGUGUUGGAUGAGACCACCGGUCUAAACUACUUCUAUAACCCCUCAUCUGGGGCCACGUCCUGGGCAGCUCCGGUGCCCAUCUCCCCUUCCUCUCCUGUUACUGAGCCUCCUGUGCUGAAGCUCCCAGACGGAGGACCGGUAGGGGUUAGCUUAUGCUUUAUUUGACUAAUAUGGCCAUUGUUUCAAGCUCAUCAACAGAUAAGGCUUCUAAAAUAUAGGACCGUGGAAAGUGUUGUUGGAUUGUUGACUGCUAAAGCAGUCUCUGUCAGACAACAGUGCAUUAACAUCUGCUUCAUGGUCUUGAGGGAGUCUUGUUUUGUUAGUUCAUUAGCUAGUUAAGUCUUAAGCCUGCUAUGGCAUACGCAUGGAAUUCAUUAUUUAGUUUUUUGCUGUUUAUUCUCAAAGUGUUACUAGCCAAGUUACUAAGAAUGUUUGCCAUUUGAGCAGAAUUCUAGCAUGUUAUGAACCAUGUCAUAAACUUUUUAUAAAUUGGCCACUCAGUUUGAGUUCCAUCUUAAAAGCAUUUGCGAAUCUUCUGUUCCUCAGCCACCUCUCCCAAAGGAAGACUACCUGACAGAAGACCACGAGGCUCCAGACAUCUCCUCCUUGGUGUUCCCCAAAGACCUCCUGCCCAUGCCGCAGGCCAAACAGGCUGUCAUACCUCGGGCCAUUCUAGACGUCAGUGUCCCGGCGGGCUGGAAGCGCUCCAUGGAUGCAGAUGGGAAGACCGUAUUCACCAGCGAACGCACACAGGAGCAGGUAAGUUUAUUGAAUGGAGGUCCAGUGCUUUCAAAGGGUAGUGGUUUGAGAAACCAUGCAGUGUGUGUCAUACACUGUUUUGUCCUGUGUGUAUCCUGGCAGUGGUUCAAGUCUGUGGAUCAAAAAGGAAAGACGUACUACUACCUGAGAGACGGCUCUAGAUCCCAGUGGAACCUUCCAGCAGAGGUGAAGAGAAGCAAUACUGUAAUUUCAAGGAAUGGUUGAAUGGCUUUUAUAUAGGACUUUCUACAAGGUCUCAAAGAGCUUGACAUUGUAUGGGGUAACUCUGUACUGUACAUGGGUGAAAAUAAAAUGUCCUUACCUCAGAUAACCAGUUACUGGGUUUGAUUUAAUAGGCCAGGGCCUUUACAUUGUUUGUUUCUGUUAACCCUCUCAGCUCCUGGUUGCACCCAGUCUGCCCAAGGUGGGGAAUGGAGUGGACCAGGACAGCCCGCCGGUUCUGAAGAACUGGAGACACACCAUGGGCCCAGCUCAGUUUGGCCCCUCCCAAGAAGACAACGUGAGUAGCAUGGACAGGGGCGUUGAAGGGGGUUUCACACCGUUGGUAUAGUAACAGACAUUUAUGGGCCAUUAGAAUCUAUUUUUGGCAUCUAGACUGAAUUUGGCACUACGGUAUAGGAACAUAGAAACUGCUGCAUUUGCAGUUCUAGUAUUCCCAAGCAAACAAGCCAUUAGGACUAGUCCCUGACAUGAGACACCUGGCCCUCACAGCUUUAUGCACAAUGCCCUUGUGGAAUGAUGUCGUUGUGUAUGUGUCAUCGUCGACCCCCUCAACAGGAGAUGGAAACACCUGCCCUAGUUGGUUUCCUCUCAGGAGGUCACUUACAAACCUAAAUGGGAGAAACUACAACAAGAAUGGAGGAGGAGGGGAGAAAGCGGAUAGAAUUAUGACUCAUAAGAUUUGACAGGAUUUCUACUGAAGAGGGAAGCUCUGUUCGAACAAUAAGGCCCUAUCGACUAUUGUUGACUAACCAACCUGAACCCAAUUCCCUCCCUCGCGUUUGGCAGAGGUUCUUUCCAACACAUAAGAGAAACGUUUCGGACGUCACCAGUGAAGCAUCCAGCUCAGGCAACUCCCCCGAGACGCCACACCAUGUAAGUACAGUAAGAACGUACGACACGAUAAGGUUUUGAAUCCAUAGGGAUCUUUGUCAGGUCAUUUUCUAUUGGCACUCAAUAAGAAAUGAUAUGUGUUGGACUAGUACACACAAUAAUUGAAUUGGAAAUUGCAUUAUUUUUCAACAAUGAUUUUAUUGUUAAUUUUAUUAAUUUAAUUAAUUAAUUUCCUGAAAUGGAAUUGACCCCAACCCUUCUACUAACUCAAUAAAAUUUACUAUAUUGUACAGACAGUACACAUAGACUGCUAAAUGACAGAGCCUGAAGACCCAUUAUUCCAUUAAUUGAAGACUUGUAUUGUUUUCUCCAUAAAGACUGAUAGGUUGGGAGUACGGAGUAGACUGUCACAUCUGAGCACAGACUCACAUCAUGAGCACGUAGGUUCUUUCGGCCCACGUCAGGCCUGAUAGAUAGAUGCAUAGUGUACUUUGCCAGACAGGCAUUGCAUUCUGGUGGUGUGUGGGUGUUCUUAUCUAACUAACAUACUAUGAGAGAACUGGAUAGGAGAACUAACGGCACUUGGGAAGGGGAGCUAAUGGUUUAGAUACUGGUUACAGUACAUACUAUACAUGUAUGCUCUUAAAAUGGAUGAUUAAGAGUUUCUUAAGUGGUGUUUAAGUGAAACUACUAACUUUGGAUGGGUUGUUCUCUCUCUUCGCUUCGUGUGUGGAUAAGAAAGUGAUCUUGAUAACAAGCAUCUGCUAAAUCAGGGUUUUCCAAACUCGGUCCUGGGGCCCCCCCUGGGUGCACGUUUUGGUUUUUGCCCUAGCACUCACAGCUGAUUCAAAUAACCAACUCAUCAUCAAGCUUUGAUGAUUUGAAUCAACCCUGUGCUAAAUGAUCGUGUCAUGAUAGACCACCAUUCACACUACCCCCUAGUGGAGAGAGUGAGCAUUUGUAGUUGUUUUUGUUGGACUUUUGCAAGUUGUGGCUUGUUGGGCAGUACUUUCAGAUCUGAUUGACACCAUAUUUUAUUGCAUUGCCUUUCAAAUAAUUGUACUGAAUGUACAUAUGGUGCUGUCUUUUGUAGUAGGUACAGUAAUGUCAAAGUGCUGAAUGUCAAUGCAAUAAGCAAAGUCAACCCCAAAGGAUAAUUUCCCAUUUUAUGAAUCAGCAGGAAAAUCCAUGCAAACACACACACUCACGCCCAAGCAUGUAUAAUUGUGCACUCAUGCACAGAUGCACACACACACAACACACACACACACAUACUAAAGUUUGACCACACCCAUGUUGACACCUGACUCACAUUUCAAAGCUGUAAAGAAUCUGCUACUUAUGCUCUUUGCUCUUUACCUAUGGCCUCAUAGCCCAAGAAUUCAGCAUAACCUGGAACGGCCAACACAAACAUUUGUUGCUGCCACCUAGUGGCCUAGCAUAUGCAUUGCAAAGUCACAGAAAUACUUUAUCCAGGCCUAAAAUUAUAGUCCACAAUUGCAAUAAUCUGCUAAUAUGAACAGUCCAAUGUUCAUAUCAGCCAGUAGGCCUAUGGGCAAUGUCCAGUGGCAUAUGUCUCUAUGUGGGUACUAACUUCUUAACUCAUGUACCUAUGUAUGUCAGUAAAAACCAUGAAAACCAUGUGUUUGAUACCAUUCCAUUCACUCCAUUCCGGACAUUAUUAUGAGCUGUCCUCCCCUCAGCAGCCUCCACUGAUGUACGUACAGUACACUAUGACUAACACAAUCUUUCAACCUGAUCCGAGGUCUGUGGGUUCCUGAUAAUCACCAUUAGUAGAAAUGUUCAUACACUCUCUCUCUGUCAUUUGUGAUAUUUGGUAAUAUUUGUCUCUAUUUUGCUUGUUUUAGACACAUCUACUGGAGAAGGCAGGGAUCCUGAACAAAACCAGGGUGGCUGACAAUGGGAAAAGAAUUAGGUAAUGUCAAGUAAACCUCAAAAAUUACAACACAUUGUGAUGUUUAUUGAUAGCAUUUGCACAAUGGACCAAUGAAUGAACACUGAAUGAUUCCUUAUUUUCUGUGUCUGGGGUUUCUAAUAGGAAGAAUUGGAGUCAGUCGUGGACAGUGCUGCAUGGUGGCAUCCUCACGUUUCACAAAGACCCAAAAUCUGCACCCUCUGGAAACUCUGUAAGAACAUUCUGCUACAGUAACCACUCACAACCACCACUUUAGAAAAUAAGGUCAUUGUAUUUGCUUGUCAGGAUUAGUCUGUUGAAUGAAUGUCAUUGGUCCGUGAUUCCUCAGAACAAGACCAAUCAGAUCACCCCAGAGUACACAGUGGAGCUGCGGGGAGCCACUGUGGGCUGGGCCCCCAAGGACAAGUCCAGCAAGAAGAACGUACUGGAGGUAUGGGCUCUGUUUAAGGUCUAUCAGGGUUGAAGUCAGUUCCAUUUCAUUCAAUUCAGGAACUGAAUCAAAAUUAAUUUAAUUGAACUCUUGGUAUGGCUUUUUCCCUCUCCCGCUCCAGUUGAAGACGCGUCAUGGGUGUGAGUACCUGGUCCAGUAUGACACAGAGAGCAUCAUUUGUGACUGGCACAAGAUCAUACUGGACACCGUCAGACAGCUGGUGAGUAUCCAGGAGGUAUAUAUAUAACAAGUUCUAAUUAGAGCAGGCCAAGGGGGCGUCAGUCUUCAUUAUAACCUCUCCUCUCUCAGGACCAAGAUCACUUGUCGGAAGAGGAAGAGGAGGAGCCUAUGGAGAAAUCUCCACUUGCUUCAGAGAGAGACAAGAGGACCAUCUGUACGUAUGAGUGUCCUACAACCUACUAUUACGAACCACCAGAUCUUUCAAUGCUUUAGGGGUGUAAAUAGGUGUAAAAUGUCGAUAUUUGAGAACUGGGCAUGAGAUCAGGUAGUUUACGAAAGCUGCACCCAUCAUUAAUUGCCCCCUCCCCCCUCCUGCAGCCACCAAAAUUACGCCAGGCAUCAGUGCCGAGUCAUCAGAUCAGGGGCGUGUCCGCACCAAACUACGCAAGUUUCUCCAGAGGAGGCCCACACUGCAGUCAGUGAAGGAGAAGGGCUACAUAAGAGGUAAGACUGGGCUUUAUAACAUGGUUAUAUGAUUUAUAGCAGAAUAAUUACCUAUUGAAUCUUAUGAUACCUUUACACUACUCAGAAUUAUUUUCAUCGUGAUUCUCUAGAUAAUGUGUUUGGUUGUCAUCUGGACACCCUGUGCCAUCGAGAGAACAGCACUGUGCCCAGGUUUAUGGAGAAGUGCAUCAGGGCAGUGGAGAUUAGAGGUAGGUAUUCUUUAAUCCUGAUAACAUAAUAUCAACCUUUACCAGCUCUAAAGAGGUAACACAUUGUGCAUUCCCCUUAGGUCUGGACAUUGAUGGGAUCUACAGAGUUAGUGGGAAUCUAGCUGUCAUUCAGAGACUACGCCACAAAGCAGAUCAUGGUAAAACAAGACAAGUUUCAAUGGAUUAUCUUGCAGUAUUAUCAACCACACUCUCUGUCCUCAUGCUCUCUCUCCCUCCCUCCCUCCCGCCAGAGGAAAAUCUGGACCUGGAGGAUGGUCAGUGGGAGGAGAUCCAUGUGAUCACGGGGGCGCUGAAGCUCUUCCUGAGGGAGCUGCCUGAACCUCUCUUCCCUUACAGCUUCUUCGACAAGUUCAUCGCUGCCAUCAGUAAGUCUAGGCCAGGCCCUAAUAAAACAUUCUGGAUGCAUCUCAAUAGUCACACUCAAAUAACAUGAUGAUAAUGAACUGACAUCAGACCUAAAUAGCAUGAAAGGAUGUGAAUAAAUGGACAUUUGGGAUGACACUUUCUCUGGUAGAAAUCCAGGACUAUCCCCAGAAGGUGUCGUACUUCCGUGACCUGGUGAGGUCCCUCCCUCUGCCCAACCAUGACACCAUGCACCUCCUCUUCAAACACCUCCUCAAGUGAGUGCUUGUUGUGGUAGAACCGGCAAUUUUUUAUAUAUAUAUAUAUUUUUAUAUAAAACUAUUAAAACUAUAUAAAUAACUGAUAUACUAAACACUUUCCACCCUCCUCAUACUUCCUCUCACUCCCUCUUCUCCUCAUCCCCUCCUCUUCUUCUCUUCCAGAGUGAUUGAGUUUGGUGAAAAGAACCGUAUGUCAGUCCAGAGUGUGGCCAUCGUGUUUGGCCCUACGUUACUCAGGCCCCAGACUGAGUCGGCAAACAUCACUGUUUACAUGGUCUUCCAGAACCAGAUUGUGGAGCUCAUCCUCAAAGAGUUUGAGACGGUGUUUGCCCCCAGCUGA